AUGCUGUCCCUCUAUAAAUAACAUUCUAAUCAGGAUUUUAAAGUUUUGUCUCUAGAGAACUUUUUAAUACUGGAAUUCUUCUAUUUAUGGUCGAUAAUUUCAUCUGUUUAAAUACUAGUUAUUUCGAAAAAGGUAUACUAGUUUAAGACCGUUAUCUAAUAUUAAAGAAUUACAUUAAAAGUCAUUUAAUAACUGAUUUUUUAUCUAAUAUACCUUUACUUAUAGACUAUUUUUAUUUCCCUUUAAGAGAUAGAUGAGGGAUGUUAAUGCUUGUUUAAUUUUUUAAAAAUGACAGAAUAACAAUUAUAAUUCGGAAAAUAGAAGAGUUUUUUCAUUUAAAUCCUACAUAAUAAUAAUUAGUUUCUCUUUUUAAAUUAUUGUCUAUUAUAUUAUUUAUAGCCCAUUUGUUUGCCUGUAUUUGGAUUUAUAUAGCGAUAGAAAAAUCAUAGUCUUGGAUUAUUAAAUAAGAUUAUGAAAACAAAAAUUGGAUUUCUUAGUAUUUAAUUGCAUAUUAUUUUUCUACAGUCACUAUUAUUACAGUAGGAUAUGGAGAUGUUCUUCCAACAACAACAUAUGAAUAUCUUAUGUAUUGUUACUAUGUUAAUUUCUUGA